AUGGGAACCAGUGUCAUCGUCCGGUCAAACCAGAUACCAGCGCCUCGUAGCAAAGAAGGAUGGGUUCGUUUGCAGCGCCAAACCACGACAGUCGUGGCCACAUCUCCAGCUGAUUCGGCGCUUCAAGCCUCAACACCUCAACGAUCAACACACAAUCCUUUACACUCGACACAAAACGCUCAAACCCCAACCUACAAACAACAACUCCCAACCCUCAACCAACAUUCAUUAAUGCUCAACAUACAAUCCAGAACUAUCAAACCUCAACCCAGAAACUGGGCUGUUCAACUUUCAACCCUCAACCCUCAACACCUCAACAAUCAACACGCAAUCCUUUACAUUCGACACAAAACCUUCAAACCCCAACCUACAAACAAUAACUUCCAACACUUAACCAAUAUUCAUUAA